AAUCAUAACUGUAUCAUAAGUGCUCUCUGUUUAUAUCUUUCUAUAGAUAUAGUCAGUCACAGGACAAUGAUGCGUAUUUUCCAUGAUUUAAAAAUAGUUUCAAUUACUUCCUUGUCAUGGAUUUUCACCAUCUUGUUUGAUAUUGGUAGGAAAAAGAAUCAAUUAUGAGUAGUUCAUUCAAAGGACAGAUACAUUUUCAAUAGUUAUAAUAGAGAAGACGACCAUCAAAUAAAAUGAUUCGUAGUUGGCAGACGUGUAUUCUUCUUGUCAUUCUAAGCAUAAUAUGCGUAAAAUUAGAAGCAAGAGGAACGCAAUGGCAAUGUCCACCGUUGGAACCUGUGUGUGACUGUAACAGUAGAUUAAUCAACAAAACAAUACGAAUACCUUAUAGGGCCGAUUGUAGCAACCAAAACCUGAAACAUAUUCCUAAACUUAUACAAAACUAUACGAAACUAAAGUUUUCAGGAAACAUUUUGCCUCAAAUAAAUCGAACAACAUUUGUAAAUUUGCGGAAGUUGCCAAUCUCAGAGCUAUUCCUGAAUACCUGUAAAAUUGAACACGUUGAUGCUGAUACAUUCAAUGAUCUACAUUCCCUAGAGUUUAUUGACUUCAGCAAUAAUGAAAAAAUUAACAUAUCGGAGCUGGCAACAUGUUUCAGAACGACCAACCUGAUCGGCAUAGCUCUUUCGGAUAUACCAUUAGGACGUUACGUGGUUAAUUUUUUUAACACAUCUUCUGCCGAAAAAUUAAAGUUCGUUCGUCUUGCAGCUUGUAAUCUAACCUCUUUAACACGUGAGAUGUUUGAACAUUUACAAAAUUUGAUUGAAUUAGAUGUAAGUCGUAACAUACUUCAUUCCAUAGAUAUGACAGUUAUUCCUCCAGUUAAAGUAUUUUCAGCAAAAUAUACGGAACUAUCUGAAUUGAAGUUUCCAAGUAAUAUUACGUCUUCGCUGACCCGAAUUGAUUUGAGUUACAAUCGUUUUACCAAUCUUAGUCUGUUUUACCAAUACAGUCACAUAUUCAAACAUUUAGAAGAUUUAUUUGCAGACUCCAAUCCAAUAGAUUUUCUACCAAUAGAAACAUUUUCUAAAUUAUUGGUUCUUAACAGUCUCAGUUUGUGCAACAUAACAUCAUAUUUACAUGUCUUUUCGGGUAUAAACAAUUCGGCAUUACGGCAUUUAAACCUAAGUUAUAAUGAGAUCAGCCCAAAAUAUUCAAAGGCGUUCUUGAAAGAUGCCCCGAAUCUGAAGUAUUUGAAAAUGGACUCGGUUGAUAUAAGUAAAUGGACAGAUAGUGAUAUUACAGCAUUCCUCCACCCUCUGUGUUUCACACUAGACCAUCUGCUCUUACCAAGGACAUACUUUAAGUCAAUACCCUCGAAUGCACUCCGAUGCUUUAAACGAUUAAAAGUAUUAGACUUGUCCUCAAAUAACAUAUCAUCCUGGGACCACGAAACAUUUGUGAAUGUGACAAUAAAGCAACAACUUUUGCUGAAGAACAACAAACUGGAAAUAAUCAAAGAAAACUUCUUUCCUCGAAAUAUCAUCGACGGAUAUGGAAGUCAUAAGCGUCCGUUUUUAGAUUUCAAGGGCAAUCCAUUUUCUUGUACCUGCGAAAUACAUUGGUUCAGGACUUGGCUGAGGACUGGUUAUUUUAGAUUUAGGGGGAGUAGGGGAAACAACUAUUUGUGUCAUUCACCAGAACAUUUGAAAAACACCCCAUUUGUUAACUAUGAUCCUGAUUACGAGGAUUGUUUCAGUAUGAAUAUAGCAAUUGUUGUUGCGCUCUCUUUGUGUGGUGCUUGUAUGGUAUUAGUUACUUUAACAUCAUACAUCUUGAAUGUAUAUAGGAAACGGUGCCCGGAAAAACAGUAUUAUCGCAUUGCAAAUUAGAAUUGAACAAACACUGUGAAUAGUUUUAAGAAUUUCGUAGAUACUAUGUUGUUAAAUAUAUAUAUAGAUAAAGCAACAAUGAAUAUUUUUUCAUAAAUAUAAAAUAAAA